AUGGCGAAAUCGCGAUUUGCUUACGUGUUCAUCGUUCAUUCGUCUAGUCUGGUUGGUGGUUCGUUCCUGGUUCGGGCUGGUGUGCGGGUGGAUGCAGGUUGGGAGAUAGAGGGAGGAGGGAGGGGGAGAGGAGGAGGGGAGGGGGGAGAGGGGGGGGGAGGGGGGAGAGUGGGAGGGGAGGGGGGAGAGGGGAAGGGGAGGGGGGAGAGUGGGAGGGGAGGGGGGAGAGGGGGAGGGGAGGGGGGAGAGGGGGAGGGGAGGGGGGAGAGUGGGAGGGGAGGGGAGAGAGGGGAAGGGGAGGGGGGAGAGUGGGAGGGGAGGGGGGAGAGGGGGAGGGGAGGGCUCAAGCCCUCCGCAUCUUCUCCUCCUCUCCUCCUCCGUGCCCCACUAGCCCUCCACUCUGCCCCUCAUUUCCACCUCUUCCUCUCCCCUCCCCCCUUCCAGCUCCGUCCAGCUAUUGUGGCGGCUCAAUCUCUCCGCUUCUCCCGCACCCCCUCAUUCUGCCCCCUCCCUCCUCCCCUCCCCUUCCCCCUUUCCAGCUUCCUCCGACCUGCCAUAGUGGCGGCGCAAGCACUCCGAUUCUCCCGCACCCCCCACGACCUCCUACUCCUCCUCUCCUCCUCCGUGCCCCGCCAGCCCUCCACUCUCCCCCUCCCCCUCCUCCUCCGCCACUUCACCGCUGUCAUCCCCCUCCCGGCCAAUCACCUUCAAGGAGCCGCCGUCGCAGCCAAUCCGCUGCUAGUAGCGAAUCCGGGUGGCGGAGGGGUGGCGGGUUGGGGGGGAUCGGGCGGCGGAGCUGGUGGGGCGGCUGGGGAUGGUUUGGGGACCAAUCAGGGGGCGGGGAUGGCAGGGGGGGGGUCUCCUGUGGAAGGUUACAGGAAGCUUCAUGUCUGGCGGUUGGUGGAGUAUGAGUGGGUGUUGUAUCUAGACGUGGAUGUGCUUAUAACGAGGAAUUUGGAUCACCUGUUUCCUAGUAAUGCGGACAAUGGCAGCAGCACCUUCAGCAGCAACAGCAGCAUCAGUGGUGGUGGCGGCAGCAGCAGCAGCAGCAGCAGUAGCAGCAGUGGAAUGAGCAAUAAGGGAGCAGGCAGGGUGGAACCUUCAGACAGCCCUUCACCAGAUACCACCUCCCCCCACAGGCAGCCCUGCCCCGAGCCUCUGGCUGCCGCACCUGACGUGUACGAGGCUGACCGCUUCAACGCAGGCGUGCUGCUGGUUCGGCCGAGCCUCGCGGUGUUCCGGCAGAUUGUGAGGCGGGCCAAGGUGGUGGCUGUUGCCGUGGCUGCUCGCGCUGGUGCCAUGCCUAACGACCAGGAUUUUCUCAACUCUGUGUUUCGCCACUGGUUCCAGUCCCACCCCUCCUGCCGCCUCCCUUUCACCUCCAACGCUAUCCUCCACUUCCCCCUCCCCUGGUACCAACCUCCCUCCUGGUUACACCCCCCCUGCGGCCCUGACUGCGCCCCGCUGCACCUAGGGCCUGUUCACACAGUGCACUUCGCCAACCCCUGGUUCAAACCCUGGCUCUUUCUGAACACGCCCUUGGACCAGCUGAUCCCUGGGAGUCAGGAGCUGGGCUUUAAGGGUGCGGGGAACAGGGUUGCUGCUGGUAGUGCUGCUAGUAAUGCUGCUGCUGGUGCUGCUGCUGGUGCUGCUGGUAGUGCUGCUACUGGUGCUGCUACUGCUGUUGCUGCUGGUAGUGCUGCUGCUGCCACUACUUCUAACUCCUCUUCCUGUGCUUGUGGCUGGGCAGGGGCAAGGGAAGGGCGCGGAGGGGGAAUCGGGGGGCAUGGGGGAGGGGAAGGGGGAGAGAACAGCGGAAGGGAAGAGCGAGGGGAACGGGGAGGGGAAGGGGCGAUUGGGGAGGGGGUUGAAGGGCUGGGCAGCUGA